UGUUUGCAUAGUCAUGCGAUUGCCUGGUUUCUUUACGGAGGCUGGGUAACUCAAUGGGGCUCAUUCUUGAGGCGAGGAGUUCAAUUCUUUUUUUUUUUUUUUCUUCUUCUUCUUUUCAGAGUCUGUAGCUUAUGGAAAGCGGUGAUGGCGUGCUUUAUUUACGUUUGCUGUCACAGAUGCUCUGUCGAAGGGGCCGGACUCGGAUUAUUAUACCUUUCCAUUUCCCAUUCCCAUUCCCCUUUCCUUUCAUGUCCUGGUACGCCUAUGCAAUAGGUGGUAUAGUGUUAUUUCAUGCUGCUUCACAUGAUGAUAUACCAAUCAUAGAGUCAAGCACUGAAACUCCUGCUACGGUAUGGGGUUGCUGACGAUAAACGAUUUUUUUUUUAUAUCUGAGAAACAUCAUCACUAUAUACCUUUUAUGCCUAUCGUUUCAUUAUUUAACAAAUAUGCUUA